GUGGCUACCCCACGCCACUCCCCACACUCCCCGCAGGCGAGGGCGAGAGAGGGGGGGAAAGGCAGCGCGCGCACGGCGACCCCCUCGCCGCCGCCGCAGCAUUCCGACCGGAUCGGGCCAGUGCCCCUCCCCCUCCGCCCACGCGUCACCGGAGAUGGCGUCCCCGAAGCGGCUCCCCUACUCCUCCGCGGGCGCUGGCGGCGGCGGCGGAGCGAGGCGCGGCUCCGGCGCGGUGCCGCCGGUGGUGGUCCUCGUCUUCCUCUUCGUCGUCGCGCCGUCGAUCUUCUUCGUCGCGCGCAGCGGCGGCCACGUCCACGUCGCGUCCGAUCCCAGGGGUGCUGAUGGCAACCAGGAAACAGAUUGGCAAGAGCAACUGGCGACAGACAAUCUGAAAUCUGUUUUGUCUAAGGAGGUAAUUGAUGCUAUAGCUGCUAGUCAACAAGAAACAGGCACUCUGAACCUUGAUUUCUUUAGGGAUCAUCCAUCUCCUUCCUGGAAAACUGAUGAUCUAGUUGAUCACAAGAUGAAUGCUAAUUUGGUUGUUGACGACAAGGCAAAAGCUCAAAACAGUUCCGCAGACCAUGUUAUACCUCUAACACAUAAAGCACCCAAGGAUGGUUCAGAUGGACAUCAAGUUGAUACAGCAGCAAAAAUGGCUCGAAGGAAACUACGGGAGGCGAGGCGGGAAAAGAGGGCAAUUGAUUUGGUACGGAAAGAUGACGAAGCACUUGUUAAGCUGGAGAAUGCAGCUAUUGAGCGAUCAAAGGCUGUAGAUUCUGCUGUCCUUGGGAAAUACAGCAUAUGGAGAAAAGAGAAUGAGAAUGAGAACUCAGAUUCAACAGUCAGGUUGAUGAGGGACCAAAUUAUUAUGGCCCGUGUUUACUCUGUGCUUGCAAAAUCAAGGAACAAGCAUGGUAUCUAUCAAGAACUGCAGAGCCGAAUCAAGGAAAGCCAGCGGGCUGUAGGAGAGGCUACUGCAGAUGCUGACCUUCAUCACAGUGCACCUGACAAAAUCAGAGUGAUGGGUCAAGUUUUAACGAAGGCCAGAGAAGAAUUGUAUGAUUGCAAGGUGAUAAGUCAGAGACUAAGAGCAAUGCUUCAGUCAGCAGAUGAACAGGUCAGGAGCUUGAAGAAGCAGAGUACAUUUCUUAGCCAGUUGGCUGCAAAGACGAUUCCAAACAGCAUCCACUGCUUGUCUAUGCGCUUAACAAUAGAUUACUAUCUCCUUCCUCUGGAGAAACGGAAGUUCCCGAGGAGUGAAAACUUGGAAAAUCCAGAGCUCUACCACUAUGCACUUUUCUCAGACAAUGUCUUGGCUGCCUCUGUUGUUGUAAACUCAACCAUCAUGAAUGCUAAGGAGCCUGAGAAACAUGUUUUCCAUCUUGUGACCGAUAAGUUGAACUUUGGAGCCAUGAACAUGUGGUUUUUGCUGAACCCACCUGGCAAGGCCACUAUCCAUGUUGAGAAUGUGGAUGAGUUUAAGUGGUUGAACUCAUCAUACUGUCCUGUUUUACGUCAACUGGAGUCUGUUGCCAUGAAAGAGUAUUAUUUCAAGGCUGACCGUCCCACCACUCUUUCAGCAGGUUCUUCAAACCUAAAAUACCGCAACCCCAAGUACCUCUCCAUGCUGAACCACUUGAGAUUUUAUCUCCCACAGAUCUACCCAAAGUUGGAUAAGAUACUUUUCCUCGAUGAUGACAUAGUUGUGCAGAAAGAUUUGACAGGAUUGUGGGAUGUUGAUCUGAAUGGAAUGGUCAAUGGUGCAGUGUUUACCUGUGGAGAGAGUUUCCACCGUUUCGACAAGUACCUUAACUUCUCAAAUCCACACAUUGCUCGGAACUUUGAUCCUAAUGCUUGUGGUUGGGCUUAUGGGAUGAACAUCUUUGAUCUGAAGCAAUGGAAGAACAAAGAUAUUACCGGGAUCUACCACAAGUGGCAAAACAUGAAUGAAGACAGGGUUCUUUGGAAGCUCGGGACACUUCCACCUGGCCUCAUGACGUUCUACAAGCUGACGCACCCCCUUGAUAAAUCGUGGCAUGUCCUUGGACUAGGAUACAACCCAAGCAUCGACCGCUCAGAGAUAGACAAUGCUGCUGUCGCUCAUUACAAUGGGAACAUGAAGCCAUGGCUGGAGCUGGCAAUGACCAAGUACCGACCAUACUGGACAAGGUAUAUAAAGUAUGACCACCCUUACAUCCGUGGAUGCAACCUGAGUGAGUAGAUGAGAUAUGAAGCGGCCGGAGAAGGUCACCCGUCUGAAACAGAAGUGUCCCCUUUCUCCUUAAGGUAUGUAGAUUGAGGGAAGUAGUAUCAGCUGGAGCUAUCAAUCGCCUGCGCCCUGAAAAUUUCUGAUGGACGCUCUCAUGAAUGACGCCGUAGCAGUUCCUUUGUUCAAUUGAUGUGCAGCUAAAUUUGUUUGGCCAACAAAAUCAUGGUAAACCUGUUGAAUGUGUGCCUGUGGUUGGUGUGUUAACGUGUUGCUUAGGGCUACUAUAGUAGAAUUUCUGGAGUGAUGGUAAUUGUAAGAAUUACAUUAUCUUGCUGUUGAUCGGAUGAUUAAGUGGUAUUCAGGAUCAAAAUUAUGA